UAUUGUAAAAAAUGGCUGCUAAGUGACAGUGACAUAAUUUCGUUGAUGUGAUAAUUUCCUGAAAAAUUCUUAUCUUAUCAGCUACUGUGGUUGAUAAUUUCCGCAUUAGUAAGCAUUUCAAUUAACCUAAGUAAAUAAACAGUGCGUAAGUGAAAACGCUAAAGAAUCUCAUAAAUGGUGUCAGAGUGAACGCCCAUUUGUUACUAUUUCUAUCCGAAUUUUCGCUAUUAACAAAAUAUGGAAGAUAUUUUCCAGUGGUGCAGGGACGGAAACGCUCUACAAGUGAGAGUGUGGCUCGACGACACCGAACAUGACAUGAAUCAGGGAGAUGACCAUGGCUUCAGUCCGUUACACUGGGCUGCAAAAAGAGGCCAUACAAAAAUCGUGGAACUGCUAUUACAGAGAGGGGCUCGAGUUAAUGCCACUAAUCGGGGUGAUGACACACCCUUGCAUUUGGCAGCUGCACAUGGACAUCGGGAUAUUGUGCUUAUGUUGUUGCGUCAAAAAGCCGACUUGAAUUUCACCAACGAGCACGGAAAUACUCCCCUCCACUAUGCCUGCUUCUGGGGCUAUAAAGAAAUCGCAGAGGAUUUGGUUCAUCACGAUGCUAAAGUAUCCAUUGCCAAUAAGUACGGUGACACCCCUCUAGACAAAGCCAGGGGUAGUUUAGCUAAAAGUCUUCACGACAUAGCUGUGGAACAAGGUCAAGACCUCAAAAAAAUAACAUUUAAAGACCAGAGCUGGUUGGGCUUGAAAACACGUUCACGUGAUGCCACAUUAUCCCGUCAUAAAGGCAUCAACAUCAAAGAACUUUACCGCCGCGAACAAAUCGCUUCGACACCUAGCGGUGUAACUUACAGAGGCACUUGGCAAAAGAACGACGUUGUCGCCAAAAUAUUAACCGUACGUGAAGUCACCUCACGGAUAUCACGCGAUUUCAACGAUGAGUUUCCCAAAUUGAGGAUUUUCUCGCAUCCUAAUAUCUUACCGGUGAUUGGAUGCUGCAACAGCCCGCCAUAUUUGGUUGUCAUCAGUCAGUACAUGUCGCUAGGAUCGCUUUAUAACGUUCUCCAUGAAAGCAGCGGCGUCGUUGUCGAUAACGCGCAAGCUUUACGUUUCGCCGUCGAUAUUGCUAGAGGCAUGGCGUUCUUGCAUAGCCUGGAACGUAUUAUACCGGAGUAUCGCUUGAACAGUCGUCACGUGAUCAUCGACGACGAUUUGACAGCUAGAAUUAACAUGGCGGAUGCGAAAUUCUCCUUCCAGGAAAAAGGGAGGGUUUAUCAUCCGGCGUGGAUGUCACCAGAGGCUUUGCAAAAGAAAAUUACCGAUCGAAACUGGGAGGCUUCGGAUAUGUGGAGUUUCGCGAUUUUGUUGUGGGAGUUAGCCACGAGAGAAGUGCCUUUUGCUGAUUUAAAUCCGAUGGAAGCUGGAAUGAAGAUCGCCUUGGAAGGGUUAAGGAUUACGAUUAAACCGGGGAUUUCGUCGCAUUUGACCAAGUUGAUUAAGAUUUGCAUGAACGAGGAUCCCGGGAAGAGGCCGAAGUUCGACAUGAUUGUGCCUAUUUUGGAUAAAAUGAAGCGUUGAAGGAUAGGAAUUGAUUAAAUAAAGUUCGACUAAUAUCGGUAGUUGUGUGCCUUUGAUAUUGCCUUGUAUUAAUUGCUGACAGUCCUUUUUUUAUUAAUCGACGUGUCUUCGCUAACGUUUUUAUUAAUUUUUUAAAUUAUAUAUUUUAAGAUGUGCUAUAUUCAUGUAUUUAUUAAUACGAAAUGUUGUAUUUUAGGAUAUUAUAUUUUAAUAUAAAAGUGUAACUGUUGUCUUCCUUUUGAUUAAAAAAAAUGGUAACGCAAA